AUGGAGAAAGCAUUAACAAGAGUGAAUAGCUUGAAAGUUGGGAGCUUGUGGAUCUCAAAGAAAGCAAAAGAAGAAUUAUCCAACAUUACUGAAGAAUUCAAUACUUUCUCAAAUACUGUUGAAGAGAAGGCAAAAUGGGUUUUCAACAAGCUGAAAGGAAAGCCACUAAAAAGCUUGCCAGAUCUCCUCCAAGAGUACAACUUGCCACGGGGCCUCUUUCCCCAGAACAUAACCUGCUAUGAAUUUGAUGAAACAAAGGCCAAGCUGAUUGUGUACUUGCCUUCUGUAUGUGAGGUCAGCUUCAAGGACUCUUCUGUAAUUAGGUAUGCAACUCGAGUAAAGGCAAUACUUACGAGGGGAAAGCUCACGGGUAUAGAGGGAAUGAAGACGAAGGUGCUAGUAUGGGUUAAGGUUACGAGCGUGGCAGUUGAGAGCUGCAAGUCUGAUAAGGUGUGGUUUACAGCUGGUGUCAAGAAGUCGAGGCCUAAAAAAACAUAUGAUGUGCCGCAGGCUGCUAUCAGGGUGGAGGAAUUUUGA